UCAAUAAAGUUUUGCUUCUACAAAACACAGAUCACCAAAAAAGGAUAAAUAGCGAAGGAAAAUGUCGGCGAUUGAUUUUUCCACCAGCUAGUGCCAAAACGCGUCGUACAGUGCAAGUUAGCAAGAGUUUUUCGUGUUUCCGAACUCGCCAGCUCAAUCCGCAAGUUCUACAGAGCAUAACAGCAAGCGCUGCAGUGAUGAAUUAUUGAUCGUAAAUUCAGCGAAAGUGAAAAAUCGAAUCGAAUAAGAUGGGAUUUAUUCUGUGAACGGGAGCUACAAGGAAAGUUUCCAUUCCAUACGGCAGCGUUGCCGCAUCGAUGCAUCGGUUCUGAGCAAUAACAAAUAGAUUGUAUGCGGAGUCUGGUACUGGAGAAAUAUUGUUGCCAAAAAAGGACUCGCCACCACUGACAGAAUCGAAAGCCGCAGUAGCAGCAGCCGAGGAAGUGGUGUUUGUUGGCUGUUAUAGGGAGCCAAUUGUAAGAUGGAUGUCGAUUCGCCCAAUGCCCUAAAACGUUGCUCCAGUGCACCACAAAUAAAUAACCUCCUGCCUAGCACCACUGUCGGUGUGCAGCCGAUGGAAGAAGGACAAUCACAACCCGUGCCAAACACCAGCGUUAAUAGUAACAGCAUCAGCACCGCCAGCAGGAUCAACAGUGACGGCCUACAACAUCAACAUCUUCAGCAGGUACUGUUGUCGGACGGACAUUCGGAACCACUCCACACAGGUAGUGCGAGUAUGCUGAAUUCAAACAAUUUCCACCAAGGUACAAUCGCUGCAGGAUCGAGAGAAUCACUUCCCACGUCAUUUUCAAACAUAUUUACGCCACGCGUAAGACGAUUUUCCGCCAGCUUCAGUCCGCUGGCUGUGAUUUCGAAUGGCAGUGCCAGCCCGGGUCGGAAUGGUAGUGGAACGCCGGGACCGAGGUUAACGCCACGAAUAUCGCAGCUGCGACAGGAAGAGUGUGCCGAUGUGAGCAACAGUCGGGAAGUAAACCACGAGCGGGAAAUUCACACUGCUAUGCAGAUGUCGCAAAGCUGCGAAGAUUUAACGCUCGUUGCAGAAAAUUGGUCCUUUUCUUCUGGAUCCGCCGGGAAGAUGGUGAUCGACGAUCUCCAAAAUCCACUGCACGUCGCAUUACCCACGAUCGGUUCUACGUGCUGUUCUAGUCCAUCUCCCACGAGCAGUCGUGGCGGAAUCGGGUUACAGUAUCCAACAACGUCACCUUCACCGACGCGAAAGUUCGUCACACGACGUUCCAUGUCACCGUGUCCGCUGCGACCCAGUCCACUGAGUUCCUCAGUAAAGCGCAAAUUUGAUCUUGAGGAUAAUUAUGGCAACUGUUACUCACCACCAUCGAAGAAAAUUUUUUCCUCUGAAAGAGGAACAUCUCCUGUUUGUCAAACGCCAUCACCUUCACCGAUAUGUCCCAGUCCGGAUUCAUCCACGACCUCGUUUGAGAAUGGUAGCAACAACAAUAAUGGCAUGGGCGGCAACAUACCACUGUGCGGUCCGUUCCCACUAGCGGCCACUACCAACUCCAACAGUGGGCGCAUAACACCAAAGUUUUUCCUUACCAAGCUGUCCGGUAUUCCGAGUCCGGGCGCUACCAUCUGCUCGACGGUACCCUUCGGAACGAUAAGUACGAUGACUUUCGGAGGAAACAGUGGCUCGAGCAGUGCCUGCUCUACACCGACCGGUACAACAAACCCGAUUGGGGCGCUUGUUGGUACAAACGCCACCCUAAUGAUGGAUUGUGGCGUAAGCAGCAGUACGGGCGGUGGAACCGAGUGUAGAGACACUACGAUGGAAGUAGGCCAUACGGUGGGAGCAAACAUGUUUGAAGAUAGAUCGAUGGCGCUAGAUGAAGCGGCAGGAGGCCGGACAAAGGAUGCGGUAAAUUCCGAUAGCAUUAAGAUGGCAUGUGAUGAGAGCGAAGCGAAUAUUAGUGAUAAUCAACGCCGGCGUAGACUGACCAUUGGGCCAACGGUGGCAAUCAGUGCUUCGCGUGAGUUGCGCGAACAGGUACUGAAAUCAGCGCUGGACCCAGAUGCAGCCGGUAGCUGCAACAGCAACAGUAGCAACAGUAGCAGCACUAGCAGUAGCAGUAGUAAUAGCAACAGCAGCUCCAUCACUAGCGAUAGUAAUAACAGUGCCAACACUAACAGUAGUCGAAUGAGUAGCUUGGCCGUGAGUGGCCCCGGUGUAAAUGCUCUCGACAGCAGUAGCAACGCAAGCACGAGCAGCCUUGAUACGGGCAGCGGUGCUACGGUAGCAGGUGCUGGUACGGCCGCUGCAGCCACCAUUUGUCCCUCACUGACAUCGUUUCCCAUGAUGGCCAUACCUAGCAAUCUGGCAGAGAUUGCAGAAUCAUGAAGAUGCCGCAAAAGAUCAACACACCGAUUAACGGUGAUCUUUGCGUAAUAGCGAUAGGAUGGAGCGCGUAACGAGCGAGAUGUUACGGGGACAAUAAACAAAUCGUUACAAUCAAAACGAUUAAGGAGAGAGAGAGAGAUGAGGGGUAAAGCGAAGUAAGUUACGCGGAGCAAGAUCAUUACAAGCACAUAGUUCCGCCGUAGAAAUAAAGCGCAUUUUUCAUUCUAAAGUGUGUCGUUAUGAGCACACAACUAUCGUAUAGAAAUGAUCGGACGAUUUAGGGCAAGAAAAGGAUAAUGUUAGGUUUAGGCGCGUUUGGUGGGCAAGCAUAUGAAAGGAAAUUUAGUGUUGCAUAUUUUAUGAUUACCAGUUACAUUGGUGUUAUUUUCGUCGUUUGCUUCUUUGCCAAUUCCCGUAGCUGAAUGUGGUACGUGAAAGGAUGCGCAUACACAGGGUUCCACCAUGUUUCUUCUAGCAUUGUUUAGUCGACGUCCAUAUCCUUCUGUAUGUAGAAGUUUGUUGAAUGUAAUGCAAGUUCCUCUUAAGUGAUUCCGUUUUGACUUGGUAAUAGAUAAUACGUUCGAGUUGGUAACACCUUUCAUUGAGAAGAGGAAGUUUCCUAUAUGUAACACAAGGAAAAUUGGAUUGUUUGUUAGGGAUGAACCAAAAACAGGUCGUAUAUUGUUUGCUUACAGGAAGAUAGCCCACAAUGUGCACUGAAACACUAUUAUUAGCAAUGUACGAUUACUCAACGUAUGCAAAAAGGAGCACAAAAUAAUAAUUCUGGCUCGAUGAUUGAAUGUCGAAGUAUUAGACGGGUUGGGAUGCAUUGGUGAAGCAGGAAGAGCGCAUGAGUUGGCAUUUAAAACGUUAAAAAAGCGCAUAGGACGCAUUACAUGAGACAUAUCCUUUUGCCACACGAACACACAUACUGAUCCGCUUUUAGGGCACGUGAUAUGAGGUAGAAUCAAAUCAAGCGCUUAUCUUCGUUUAUUUUUGCAUCCCGCGUUCCGAUCAGCACCGCUGUAGUACGGUUGCAGUGGAAGAACAGAUACAUUAACCGUAUCCUUGAAUAGAAAGUAAAUUGUGAUUAAUUAAGCUUCGAAAUGAACGAAAAUAGGCCGAACUAAGAAAUGGAACAAUGCCAUGCUUUCCGAACAGUGGUUCUGCGUGGGAAAGUUUCCUUACGCUAGCACUGCUGCAUUUCUACAUUGUCGAUCUGGAUAUUAAUGUAUGUAGAAAGAAGUAGGCGGGGAGAAGAAGCAAGGGCACCCGUACGGUAAACAGGAAGCUGUAAAGAAAUAAGAAGUACAUAUUAAUAACAGUGAAUAAAUUCGA